AUGAACCACGGACGUAUUGCAUUAAACCAAACCUCAUCCUCCGUGUCGACAUUGGACUCAUCGUCAGGAACGCAAUCUUCAAACGAUCUACAUAUUGAUAGCACGUUGAACUGGGACAACCAUGUCGUCGUCAGGCCGCACUUACCUUGGAUGACUCGCAAUAAUUCAUCAUUUGCAUCGAGUAUACACUCUAAUAUUCACAUCAUGAAAAGAUAUGUGCCUGAAGGGUCACCGAGGAUACCUGUCAAAAAAUGGCGUCGUUGGACAUGGCACAAGAUCUGGCUUAUCUUGAUGAACACACUGCUAUUCGUUUAUGGCCUUAUUGCACUCAUUUUGGGGUUAUGCACCUAUUUCAAGCUCUAUCAGCGUGCCCUAGUAUUCCUGGUUGGAGAGACCACCAUUGUUAAUUUGGUUACAGCGACCGGCGUCAUUUGCUUGUUGACGUCGUUGAUAGGAUUCACAGCCAUUAUACUCAACAAUCGACCUCUUUUAGCCGUUUACAAUUUACUCAUGUGGUCAUGCUUAGGUAUGAUUGCUGCCAUUGGAUAUACAGCUUACAGAAAGAAUAAAUGGAACAUUGAGGGCAAAUUAUCCUAUCAAUGGCACUAUCAGCUGGACUCUUCUGAAAGGGCAAUUAUCCAAGCAAACUUGCAUUGUUGCGGUUACAAGACAUUCAUGGAUUAUCAUGAGCGAUCCAACAAAUGCUAUCCUCGGACAUUAUAUCCAGGCUGCAAAUACAAAUAUCAAAAUCUGACAGUGAAUGCUCUGAGGAUCACAUGGAUAGUGGCAUUCAGUAUGAUUCCAGUGCAUCUUUUAGUCUUGUUUUCGGCUCUCAUGUGCUCAAACCAUGUCAAUGAAAAGUUUGGCAAAGGACUACCACCAAAACUCUAUCAUGUGGAUUACAAGGAAAUCAUGGCUGCUACUCCCAAUGUGAGCUCAGUUAGCUUAGCACUUCAUAGAGAUGAAACAGAUCUGCAUAGACGACAUACAUAA